CAACCCUCUGCAGCAGAGCCAUUGGAUGGAGAAGAAUACCUGGACAUUAUAGGUAUCAUGCGAAACCAAGCGGGUCGUUAUGAAUGCAAGGCCAGCAAUGACGUUGCCACACCUGAUGUCAAAUACGUCAAUGUGGUUGUCAGCUACCCUCCAACAAUAAAGAAAACCCAGAGCUCAGAGACUCCAGUGGGUCGCAUGGGGACGCUGCAAUGUGACGCCACGGCUGUGCCCACGCCAGAAUUCGAAUGGUACAGAGACGAAAAAAGGCUGUCCAAUGCCCAAGGCAUUAAUAUCCAGAUUCUUGGCACGACUACUAUUCUCAUGAUUGCCAACGUCACUGAAGAGGAUUAUGGGAACUAUACCUGUGUGGCCUCGAAUCGACUGGGCGUCCAGAAUGCCAGUCUCUUCCUCUAUAAAUACAUAGAGAGAGAAAAUCAGGUGACUGCGAAGAUCAAAGAAUAG